UUCCAAAUACUCAACUCUGAAUUUUUUACUGUUCCCUAAUCCCACAUUAGCAUCACAAUGCGGGUCAUUAUCACUACACGAACAUGCGAAUUUUCCAUAGACAUAGGCCUCCAAGAACCAGUUUUGGAAAUCAAACACAAGAUAGAGCAACUCCAUGGGGUUCCAGUGGCUCUACAAACCCUGUCAGUAUCCGGGUGGGAGCUCAUGGAUGGACUGGACAUGGAAGAUUACCCCAUUGUCACUGAAGGUACAAGAAUUGAUCUCAUGACCAAACAUAUAGAGCACUACCCUUUAGCUCGCUGUAGUAAAAUUCAAAUCAUCAUUAAGUUCUCAGCUAGACAAAUUAGUAUAGAAGUGGACAGAACUGAAACUGUGGGAAGCCUAAAAGAGAAAAUCCAUAUAAUUGAAGGCACCCCAAUUAAAAGAAUGAUACUAUACUUUUCUGGUACAGAGAUGGAAGAGGACUUUCGCAAUUUAAGUGAGUACGGCAUACGGGAAUUUUCUGAAAUUAUUGUGUUCCUCAAGGCUCUGAAUCGCACAAGGGACCAACCUCCCGUUAGAAAGCUCAAUGUGGUGGUUCAAACUUCUUCAAGUUUGCUUAAUUCUGCUUGCAUACCAUUGGAACUGAGAGACAUGGACACGGUUCAUGAGCUGAGACAACUGCUUCUGGCCCGAAAAAUUCUUCCUAGGGAUGAUUAUUUGUUCAUUCACAAACAAAGAAUUAUGCGCGAUAAUUGCAGUCUUCGAUGGCAUGGUGUUGAAGAUGGGGAUUCACUGUACGUAUUCAGAGGCACAGUGAGUCGAAAUGGAUUUUGAAUAUUGAACUGAGACAUGAAAUACUGCUAUACAGCAGACUUUGAAGAGUCACAUUAGGAGUUUCUUUUUCUUUUUUCCUUUUCUUUUAAUACUAUCUUUGAAAUACAUGUUGUGGAUUUUCACAAGAAUAUGCUAUGAAGAAAAUCUAGUUGAAUUUA